AUGUCAGCCGAUCCAGCUGCUUUACAAGCUUUGGCUGUUCGAACAAAAGUGCAUUUGCGCUACUUCGAGCUUGUGAAAUUUACAGCAGCAGGUCACAACGUAACGUGCUUCCUGGCUGUUGGGAAGCAUGCACUUUUCUUGGUCCGCCGAAAUCUGGGUGGGCUUUACCCCAAUGACAAAGGUGGUGAAAUCUACUUUGCCUUUAUUAGCUCGAUGGUUGAGGAUUCGGACAAUGCAACGGAUCUUCUGCUUUUGCUAAGCGAAUCUGGGGCACUUGCAUGGAAGAGCGAGAAGCUUUUCGUCUCCUGUGAAAACAGGCAUGCCUUGGCCCAAAGAAUCCAGGUCGCUUGGAACACGGACUACAUCUUCCGCUUUGGACAGGUGCGGCAUCUGCACUUGACGAAGCAAUCCUUUGGUGGUGAGCGAGACCGCGACAAAAAACUGUUCUUGACGGUGAAGCCUUUCAAAGGAUGCAAGGAGGUUCUUCAUUCAGCGUACCGAUUUUUCAUCCCUGAGUCCUACAAAGAUCAGGACCAUGCAGGGCAUUUUCAAGAUCAUGAGAGGCUGUGUGAACUGGAGAUUGGCGUUCAGGAGCCAGUGUCAAUCGCUGACCUUGAAGCUGCCAAUCACAAUCACAUUCGAUGGGCAGGCUUGGAGUACAAGCAAAGCAUCACACUCUCAUUGAGAGAUGUGGUUGUCACCAAAAGCAAAUCCUUCCUCAAGAGGAUGAAUCUCAUGAAUGACCUAUGUGCCUGGAGCGGUUGGGAGAUUACCUUGAGAUCGGAGGACUCAGUCAUGGCCAUAGUGCUGCUGCGACGCCAGUAUGUUCCACCCCUCGCUGAUGCAGCGCAAGAUUUCGUCAUUCGUGUCACGUGUCAACGCUGGGCUGUGGACGAGGGCAAGAUCGAUGAGGAGGUCCUUUUGCACGAAGCACGCUUGAUUGCUGACUCCACGAUGCCAAACACUCCACACUGCACGGUCCCGCAGCAGAUGUACCAAGACUUCAUACAGGGCAAGCUGGAUACGCUUCUGCUGCCGGAGUGUGCUCUUGCUUGGACGGAGAAGUCCCUGAAUCUGAAGCCCAGCUGCGAGCAGGAGGCCCGCAUGUUUUUGAAGUGCAUUCUCAAGGUGAUGCAUGAAGAGCAUCAACUGCCUUCUUCUGCCAUGCUGGAUGAGAUUGGCGAGGAGAUCCCGCUGCUGAUCUCUCCGCUAGAGGCGGCCAACCAGGCGAAGAUGAUCCCCAACCUUGAGGAGGACCAGCCGGAAGGCAAUGCUUGGAUGGCAAGGGUUGCUCGAUACUUUACAUACUGCCUUGAUGGGGCCUUUUUCAGUGACUUCACCUUGGAACAGAUUUGCAAUGCCAACCUGACCGUGAAACUGCACCGGCAGAAAGUCCAUGAGGCCUUAUUGUUUCUACUACAUGCUAGACCCAAGGACGUUUCAAAGAAAUGGGAGCUCAAGGAGAUCAGGCAUUUGAUUCUCAACCCCGAACUCUUUGAGACCUACGAGUUCAACAACCAUGAAGCAGAUGGCCGGAGCGUUGAGACCGAUCUUUUUUCUUCACUCUCUCUCACUGGACUGACGCGCUUCAGGCCUUCCUGGAAUUUGGCUGGCUUGCCAGACAGCUCAAACCGCCCAAAGGGGAGGAGAAGAUCAGCUUGGACUUCUCCCAGUUUUUGUGUGCCUUGCUGGUCUCGGAGGAUUCCUCGCAGGAUUUGA